UGACAGAGUUCAAAGUGAUUACUCUCGAGUUUUGAACGACUCGUUCAUGACGUGCACAUCUCUAAGGUGGAGUUGAAAGAGUACAAACAACAGGUGACGCAGGUAAAUCUUUAGACCCGGAAAGAAGCUAAAACAAAUAAAGGACGCACACAUUUCUGCAUCAUUUGAGUCUAUUCAUCGUAAAGCAAAGUCAUGACGCCAAGAAACAUCCAGGAGGAAUUUGAAGGUCAUUUCAAUGAUGUGAUUUCCAGACUGCAGUCCAAGCAGUUCUUCCAGUCCGAUUGGGACAUUGCUUUCUGUGUUGUCUUCUUCGUCUUCUUUGGUAUAAUUGUUCUGAUGGUCACCCUGAUACUCAUCCGUUGCUGUUGCUGCUGCGACGAGAAGCCUCGACAUCAUAAAGUGGGCAUAGAGAACAUGACUCUGGAACCUUGACAAAGUUAUUGCCUCCAUCUGGUCAUCAACUCCAUGCCAAAGCUUUGAAAAGGACAGAAAGGUUUCUGCUUUCCAACCAAAUGUACUUUCACCAGCCAACAAAUGAGCUUUUCAUUUUUCUACCGACUGUAGUCGUCAUAUUGCAUUGAUUGCACGUUAUCUCAAUGUUUUUUUAUGUGACUAGAGACUAAAAUACAUUUAUGUCUUUCAUAUUUCAAAUAAAAUUACCUAUUUUUACAAAAUUGAGUACAUGAGUACAUGAAACUCAUUGUAGCUAGUAUUUACAAGACUCAAUGUGUUUUAAAGUGCUCCUUAAGACCCCUGCCUUAAAAGACUGUUGAUGCUAGCAAUCGUCUUAAAAGGAAAAGUGCUAUCUUUUCAACAAGGAAGGGUAAACUGUAAAGGCAGUGAGAAUUGCGCCAGCAAGGCGGCCCUCCAGCCGCUAGAGGGUGCCAACAUGCUAACAUACUCUUCCAUUUGUCAGCUGAUUAUAGCGAAUACCAAACGCAACUCAUGAUUAGUUUGUAGUUUAAUUGUAGAAAAAAAUACAUUUUAUUGUAUUAUCUGUUGUUUGAAAGCACUGUCGGUAACUUACGCUAUGCAGUCCCAUUCACAAUAUAUCCUCUAUCGCUGGUUGUAAACAAUGUAAAAGUAAUAAAAUCAACACAAUUAGUUCAGAUUUUUAUUGCACAAUAUCAGAUAAAUAAUUUCUUUAUUUUAACGACAGCUUUCAAAGUGGAUCAACACUUAGUGGACUGAGUUUGUUCAUAAUAAGCCAUUUUUCUCAGCAGUGCAGCCCGAAAAGCCAAGAGUACAGUACAGUAGUGCAGUAGCAAGUACUAGUGUGUACUACCUGGACUGACUGUGUUUGAUCUGUGACACAUGGCAUGCUGUGAAAUGAGACAAUGACCUACUCACAUGACAGGGAAUAAUAAACAUCAUAUGUGCAAAACGUCAAAUAAA